AUGAGGCCUAUAUUAUCAGCCACCGACACGUACAAUUUUCCCUUUGCUAAAUGGCUCGACGAGAAAUUGAAGCCCUUGUCCCUUAAUCAGUAUACAGUUACUGAUAAUUUUGAUUUCACAAAAGAGAUUCACGAGCUGAAGAUCAACAAGGGUGAAAUCUUGGUUUCGUAUGAUGUCUCCUCGUUAUUCACGAACGUGCCUCUGGACGAAACAAUAGAGAUCUUGGUUAACAGAGCCUUUUCGAACAAUUGGUUCAAUACUACUCACAAUCUUGCCCUUACCAGAACAGAUCUUAUUGACCUCCUAAACGUAGCCACCAAAGGCCAACUAUUUCAAUUUAACGGAGCUCUAUACGAACAGACAGAUGGCGUUGCUAUGGGGUCCCCUCUCGGCCCUUAUUAGCAAACGUCUUCAUGUCAUCCAUCGAAGAUACCCUUGAGCGACAAAGAAAACUUCCAUCCUAUUAUCGUCGAUAUGUUGAUGAUACACUCACUGUAAUGCCUGAUCUAGCAACAGCAACUACCUUCUUGCAUACCCUCAACAGCGCCCACACUUCGGUCAAAUUCACCAUGGAGGUGGAGAAGAACAGCAAGCUUCCUUUCCUUGGCACCGAACUACUCAACCAUGCACCUCGGAUUGAAACCAAGGUAUAUGUGAAACCAACAAACACGGGCCUACUAUUACACUACCAAAGCCAUGUAGACAAUCGCUACAAACGGAGCUUGCUGAAAACUAUGCUGGAUCGCGCACACCGAUUAUCUUCCUCCUGGGCCCAUUUCUCUGAUGAGUGUGAUCGCCUAAAGAAAGUUUUCGCACGGCUUAAAUACCCGGGGCGCCUGGUAAAUUCUACCAUUAACACCUUCUUACAAUCAAGAAUUGUUGGUACGCAGCCCACACAGACGCCCAAAGAACCAAUAUCCAUUGUUCGUGUGGUCAUACCUUUCAAAGAUCAAGAAUCAGCAAAUUAUGUUAAGAAAGAGCUCAAGAAUCUUAGCAUGAAGGUGCAGACAACUGUCCAGCCAGUAUUUGUUAGCCGCAAAGUAAGCCAAGAUCUUAAAGUACGAGAAAUCAAGCCACAGAUUGUCAACCAACAACGCGUCGUUUAUCAAUUUCAAUGUGACCUGUGUGAUGCGGGUUAUGUGGGCUAUACACGCGGACACUUACACACACGCGUGGAUGGACAUAAACGAAAGGCAUCUUCAAUAUAUAAACACUACCACGAACAGCACAGCGAAGUCCCGAAAGACCUACUGAAACGUUUUAGCAUUCUGAAAAAGUGUAGUAACAAGUUCGAUUGUUUGGUGAACGAAAUGCUUUUCAUCAGAGACUUAAAACCCACUCUGAACGUGCAAAGCGAUUCAAUUCGCGCAAAAGUAUUUGUUUAA